CGACGGUUUCUCGAAACUAUUAAAUACCGAUACUUUCAUGUCAUUGCCGCAAGACACCUCGUAGCUAUUCUGCAUAAUUCCUGCCAAAAGUCGUCCUCGCCUUCAGCAGCCAGUCACGGGGCAGGGAAUUUGGAUGAGCCUCGGGCAUAAUCGCCGGCAAUAGCAGAGCGCAUCCUUGACGACAUUCCACCUGCACACCACGAACGUCCGUCUGCUCUUCCACCAGCUCCACCACCGCAGCCAUGGCCUCCGCACUGCGACCCGCGCUCCUUCGCCAGGCCCAGGCCGCCUCCAUGCAGCGCGCAUCCUCGUCCAUCAUCGCCAGCCUGCGGGCGAGCCAGCAAACACCAUUGACUACGCGGGUCGCGCGAUCUGCUUUCCAGACCUCUGCCGCACGAAAGAUCCUCCCUCCUCUUCCACAAGUCGUCCGAGGAGGUGUGAACGACCCUGCGCCUGUUCCAGAUCCACAUCCGACCCAUGGAAGCUAUCACUGGACAAUGGAGAGAGCCAUCUCGAUCGGCCUCGUUCCAUUGACAGUCAUGCCAUUCGCAGUCGGCUCGCUAAACCCAAUCUUGGACGGUACUUUGAUCGGUCUGACCAUUUUGCACACAUAUAUUGGAUUCGGCGCUGCGAUAACAGAUUACUUCCCAACAUGGCGUGUACCAAAGACCCGCAAGAUCUUCGACUGGCUUAACGUUCUGAUGGUCUUCGUUGUUGGCUGGGGAUACUACGAAUUCGAGACGAACGAUGUUGGUCUCACUGAGGGCAUCAAGAGGAUCUGGAAGGCGGGUGCAAACGCCAGGGAUGCGGAAGCUCAGCUCGAGAAGAAGGCUGGCGGCCCUCUUGACCGACUUUAAAUGGAUGCUGAGGGUGUCAAGCGUGGUGUGAGCAUAGAGUUGAUGUGAAAUCUGCGGAAAUGCAGAAAGCUGUGAGGGAAGCGAAUUUUACGAAGCUUCAUGUGUAUACAAUACUCGGAACAAGCAGAUACAUGGCAAAUGCGGAACUGUGAACUACAGGCCUUUUCUUUGUUGGAUCCCGGA